UCGUGUAGAUCGCCCAAAAUCUCUCGUUCUCUCAGUCUGUUAGAUCACAGGGCAUCGCUUUCACUACGAUUUCGUCGCUUUCUAAAACCCUAAAUCUCAUUUCUCUCUCUGCAAAACCCUACUGUUCAAUUUGCACUUCCCUGGAACCAUAAAUGCCAUCUUUUUCAAUGUCUGCACCUGCAAAACCCUAAAUUCCCAAAUCCAAUCUCCUCUCAAUUCGCCCUGAAAAGCCUUGAAAUAGUCAAAUCGAAUCCCUUUUCGUUUUAAAAGUGCUAAUCCCCAGCUGAGUCAACUAAUCAUUCAUCAGCUCCUUAAUCCCAAUACAUUUCUCCACUCCAAACCCUAAUUUUUCAUUUUCUGUUUCCUUUGUUCAAUUCAGCAUCGAUCCACAUUGCUAAAGUCCCAUUCUUUGAGUUCAACAGAAUCAGUAAUUAACUCACUGAGUUACAUUCUGAGCAAAUUUUCAAAAUUGACAUUUAUGGUGUGGUGGGUUUGUGGCAAAGGAUGUGAUGGUUGAGAACUAUGGAGGGAAGUAAAGUUGAAAAUGGAAGCUCAAGCGAGGGCCGGCCUCCCAACCCUCUCGCCGGGGCGUACUGGCAGUGCUUUAGCCACAAUGACGGCGUUCCUGUGCUUUGCAAGAAAUCGCUUGUUCGACACCCAUCUCUUAUGAAGGCAAAGACAUCUGACAUUAAAGUUGAACCGGGAGUUCAAGCAGAGGAAUUUGAAUCUAAGUUCAUUCCAGUUGUCCGGUCCGGAGCAUGGGCUGACAUAGGGUCUCGUCCAAGCAUGGAAGAUGUAUAUGUCUGUGUUGACAAUUUUAUGCACGAUUAUGGGCUCAAGAAUCGUACUGAUAUCCCAAGUGCCUUUUAUGGGGUGUUUGAUGGACAUGGAGGAAAGCAUGCUGCUGACUUUGCUUGCUUUCAUUUGCCAAAGUUCAUUAUUGAGAAUGAAGACUUCCCAAGGGAUAUUGAAAGGGUUGUCACUUCAGCCUUUCUUCAUACUGACACUGCCUUUGAAGAAGCUUGCACCUUGGAUGCCACCCUUGCCUCUGGUACCACUGCAUUGACCGCUCUUNCUGUUGCCAGGUUGUUGGUGGUAGCAAAUGCUGGAGAUUGUCGAGCAGUGCUGUGCCGCCGUGGCAAAGCAAUUGAAAUGUCAAGAGAUCACAAACCGAUUUGCGGCAAAGAGAAACAACGCAUCGAGGCAUCUGGAGGAUAUGUGUAUGAUGGUUACCUUAAUGGACAGCUUAACGUUGCUCGUGCAUUGGGAGACUGGCAUAUGGAAGGGAUGAAGGGCAGGGACGGUGGGCCACUCAGUGCAGAGCCAGAAUUUAUGACUGCAAAACUUACAGAGGAUGAUGAGUUCCUUAUCAUUGGCUGUGACGGGAUCUGGGAUGUGUUUAUGAGUCAAAAUGCUGUGGAUUUUGCUCGGCGCAGACUUCAGGAGCACAAUGACCCAGCCACAUGUAGCAAGGAUUUGGUUGAUGAGGCUUUGAAGAGGAAGAGUGGGGACAAUUUGGCUGUUGUCGUAGUCUGCUUCCAACCACAGCGUCCACCUAACCUGAUUGCCCCUCGCUCAAGAGUGCAGAGGAGUUUUUCUGCUGAAGGGUUGAGGGAGUUGCAAAGCUUCUUGGAUGACUUGAAAACUUGAGAUAAUGACGAAUGGUUUACCCUUUUUUCUCCUUUUCUACAUUGUGUUUUUCUAAUUGAAAUUUUCCAUUGUAGUUUUACUGAGAUUUUUGAGUCCCAACUGUAAUAUAUGCGGCGGCCAUGUCGGUAACCUAAUUUGUUGUUCUUGUACAACUCUGAUUUAACUUGUGUAGGUACUCCUUGAAAUGAUUUUACUUUAUGGAUGACAUUUACUGUUGUUAAGGAAUUGCUUGUUCUUGAACAUGCCUUUAUUAUUUUAUUGGAGGUUUGU